CAAUCGAGAGGCGGCCAGCAACUAGGCAGGCGAGUGGAAUGAGCGAUCGAGCGACUGGAGAAACCGGGUCGGGUCGAAAAGACAGCUUUGCUGGAAGAUCGCGAAUGAAAUGCCCUUCUGAAAUUUAGGCAUAUGGGGGAUGGGAUGUAUGUGAAUGUGGAUAUGAAUGGGUGUGGGAUGUAACGGGCGAAGAAGAUGCGACAAGUCUCUUCUCUCACUCGCUCAUAUUUUUUUUUUCGGUCUCUCUGCCUCCUCCCCCUUCUCCAUCCAUCUCGACCAUGUGCGAAUCACCAAGGCGUACCGGCCUGGUGGAGAUCGGCUUGUUGGCAGCAGGGCUCGGGGCCAAUCCCCCGCUGUAGAGGAUGUAGAGGAUGGCGAGUACGGGUGAGGAUGGUGGUCAGACGAGAGAGCAGGCGACGGGAUCUAACUGGACGCGGUGUCGAAGUCCCAGCCGGUAUGGGACAUCCAACCCUAGAGACUGCAGCAGCAUGCAGGCAAGGCAGGUAGUACCUCGCUCCCACACACCUCCAGACAAUACAUGGG